AGACCAUUUCGAAACCUUUCCUCGUGAUUAACCGUUGCACUAAUCUUAUUUUUUAACUCUUAGUGAACAAGCAAAAAUUUUCGCGCAUCUGCUGCGACGCUCAAACAUUGUUAGCAUGCAACCAUAACGAUAAUUAGAAUUUCUUAUUUUUCUUAACGCUUAACAGCAGGAAAAUAGGCCUAUGUUAAAUAUAAAAUAAAUAAAUAAAGCAUUGGGUGACACCGAAGAUUUUUUUAGAUUAACUGUUUUUAAAAAGAAACUUUUAGAACAAUCACUGUCGCUACUAUUUUCGAACGAAUGAUUAACUGAUAUUUUUUCUUAACAGAUAGAAGAGAAAAUGAAGGUUUACAUUGUUCUACUUGUUCUCAGCUUCGUUGCUGUUGCUUUAGCUGAUCGUCCAGAAUGCUAUAAAGAGCAACAAAAGGCAAUAAAAUCAAAUCAUCCCAAUGCCUAUAUCCCUAAUUGCUAUCCCAAUGGUGAAUAUAAACCGCAGCAGUGCGAGAAAAAGGACGGAACAUUGUUCUGUUUCUGUGUGAACAAAGCAGGAGAACGUCAAACUCCAUCCAAACAGGGACACCGACGUGACUGCCAUUAGAUGUCUUGCUUAAGAAGAAAGAAAUCAUCCAAAUAAACAUUGAUUUUCUAAAA